UUCAAAGAAGACAAAACAAUACAAAUGAUAGAUUAUGUGGUACACCCACAGAAUCAGAAGUUCCCAAAAGCCCAACAGCCGUUUAUAAAACGCCGAAGAAAUGGUCAUUGGGAAACAUAUUGUUUCGGAAGAGUAAGAAAGAUAUCCCGCAGGCAGAUUUCAGUUCAGACGAAGAAGAUAGAAAAGCUGGUUUCGGCAAUGACUUUGUUAAGAAGUCAUCAACAGGGAAAGUCAAGAACAGCAAAAGCUUCGAUCAGCAGCAAUAUUCAGUGGCGAGUAAUCCUGAGUUUCAUUAUUUCAAGCCAACAACAAUACAACAGCAGCAACAGCCACAGUUGCAGCCUCAAGUCAAUCAUCAAUAUCGACAACCGCAAAUCUAUGCUAAUCAAAAUAACUUGGAGUUUGUUAACAAUCAGAUAAAUCUCGAGAAGAAUCGACUUGCACAACCACAAUAUAUUUACAACAAUAAUUAUCUACAUUACCAAGGCUCAUCACAAGAUGAGAAAUCAUCGUAUAACUCAUUGUCGUCACCAAUAAAUAAAGAUGGAAGUGAAACGGGAAGUCGCACAAGUUUAAAUAAGCGAACGCGUGCUGCAAGAAAUGAACGUUACUACCAGCGGAUAAUGCGAGAAGACGGUCGACCUUUGACGGUUUAUGGCAGUGUAAAUUCAAUUGAAAAUCACAAAUAUCAGCCGUCAUUAAACGGAGCUCAAAACAGACUUUCGGCAUCGAUUAAAAGCUCAUCAUUGUGUAGUUCGGACUUUACUUUGCCACUCAGCUCCACGCAAUCUUAUAGCCUCCCAAUUCCAAGAUAUCGUGGCAAUGUUGAUGACGAUAAAGAUGAUUAUGAGAAUAUUCAUGAGAUUGAUGAGUCAGUUCCACCUCCAAUUCCACCACGAGAUCCAAAUCGAAGAUUCUCAAUCAACAGCACAUCUGUAAGUCAAAAUCCUUACUACUUCGACAAUGCACUUCAGAAAUAUGUCAUCUUCAAUACGAAUGGAAAAUGUUUUAGCGACGAUAAAUUGUGGAAAAACGACAGCGACUUGAAUCGUCCAUUAAAAGGGGAGAAGAUUGACAUGAAACCAGAUAUUCUUAUACCACGAUCACGACGACCACUCAACAUAAACACCAAUCUUGAUAACGAAUGUGUCUUAAGCUCUGAAGACGUUGUCGAUAAUCCACGCUAUUCAUACACAAAUCAAAGUAAACGUUCGAAGAGUGCAAUUGAUUUUGAGAAGCUUAUGAACGAACCUGUUCGAUUGAACAAGAAUCCAUUACGUCAACGAAAUCUCACAAGUAUUGAACCUAUUCGAUAUCAACCGGUGCAAGUUCCACCAGAGACGGACGAUUUACAAGCAUUGCGUAAGAAAUAUUCAUCAUCAGAUGAUGUGAACAAGAAUAAGUUGAACAUGAGAUCGAAUCAACCUACAACAAGUCUCACCACGCCUGGCUCCAGAAAGUCUUUUAAUGCCAUGGAUUUAAAAGUGAAAAAUGGUAACGUGAGCUCGAAUCUCGAUGAUGCAAUCAAUGAACUUGAGAUGAUGUAUAAGAAUUUAAUGAAAGAUGAGAAUCAGAUGGAGCGUGUAGAGAAACGCGAUGUCACGACACCCACGAAAUUCUCUGCGAUGAUGAGAAAGUACGAAGAAUAUGAAGCUGAAGAGAAUAAAAACGAUAAGGAACCUGACAUUCUUGCUGACGAUGUCUUCUCAAGAAACUUAAAGCAUGCCAAUCAAUCUCUCAAAGCAGCUGAACCGUUGCCAUUUGGUAUUCCCAAUCAAAAGCUUUGUCCAAUUCCACCCAAACCAGCACAAGAUUAUCUGUCAGUUGAACCAAUUCAAAUGAGAAAAACUUUAAUUGCAGCACAAAAUAAUCCCGAUUUAGUUGCUGAUGAUUUGGCAGUGAGAAAUUUGCGUAAAGAUAAUCCGAAUUAUGGACGACGACGCAACUUAAUUGAGAUUGAUAAUAAUCACUUUAUGAAACGUAACCACACACUUUCAUCACUUUCCGACCAUAUCUACAAUGGAAUCUUGAAAGACUCAGCAAAGCCAUCGGGUGGAAAGUUGGAAGACUAUUUACAACUCGAUCAUGUGAAACCAACACGAGAUGUUGAGAAUAACAACAAUAAGAACAAGAGAAAUGAUUUAAACAGCGUUGAAUUCGAAGCAAGCUUGAAUGCAUUGGUCAUUGAAUCGAAAGCCAUAAGCCAAAAACUAGAAAAAGAUUUAUCAAAAUUGAAACGAGAAUCUGUUACUCCAAACCCUCCAAAGACUCUUGUAAAUUUAUUGGACUUUAGAAAGUCAUUGGAGCGUGAAAAGGAGAAAAAGUCGACGUCAAGUUCACCGAUAAAAAUUCUUCAAAACUCGCAAGACGAUCUUUUAAAGCCGAAAGUUGCUAUGACAUCAACGGCAUGUUCACCAAUUAAAGAAUUUUCUGCCACAGUGGUGCUUCAGCCAGUUGUUGCUGAUAUUGUCAAAAGUCAAUCACCGAAACAACAAAAAGCAGAGAAAAUUGAGAAUUUGAUAAAAAUGUUCAACACGAACAUCUCGCCUGAGCCUGUUAAGAAAACAAAAGCCGUGGUUGAGAAGCCGUCAAGAAAAUUAUCGGAUUUGACUGGGAUGUUCAGCAAAACAAUUGAAGUUGAAUCCACAAAGCCACCGACACACACUCCGGUGAGAAAGACGCGAUCAAAUAAUGAUGUUGAGAAGCCGGUGGUGAUGAAAGAAGUCGAGAAGUUCAGUUCGGUUGUUGUUGCUUCACCGCCCCCCAAGCUUAUAAGCCCUAAAAUUGUGAGUCCAACAAUCAUGAAGCCUAAACUUGUGAGUCCCAAAGUCUUAACGUCACCGAAAGUGAAAAGUCCCAUUGAAAAGGUUGACGUUGAGUCUAACAUUAAUAACAUUAAAGAGCUUAUUCAACAAAUGAAGCAGACGGGAUUCGAUAAGAAUCAGCAAGAGACAACGAAACCAGAUAUUUUGAAACCAGCUCAAAACGACUUGCCGGAUUAUGACAACAUCAAAGACGAUUAUGAGAUGACUGACGGUCGAUUGGAGCGAAAGUCUGAAAAGAUAUCAAAACCAGACGUCGUGGAGUCGCCAUUGAAAGUGACGAUUCCUAAAGAUCAUUCAGAUGUUGAUGACAAUUCACCAGAAGUCAAGUCAAUCACAACCACGAGCUCGUCAAUGUGUGAAACGUCAACCGAGAGUGCAUCACCGAAGUCAGAUUAUGUUGACGCAUCAGCUGCGAUUUAUCAAGAUGCCAUUAACUUCUUACACGAAACCGCUUCAAAAACGUCACUCGAGAGUGAACAUAAAUCACCCAUCAAAUCAAUCCGACAAGACAAAGACGUGGUUUUGGGUUACAUCGAUAAAAUCAACGAAAGUAUUGUGACUGUCAAGAAGAGUGAAGAAUGUGAGGCAAGCCCGAAAGCAAAUGUGAAAGAAAGUAUUACAAAAUUGGAGAGUAAAAUCUCGUUGAGUCGGCAGAAUUCUGAAUUAUCGGAACAAUCAAUUCCAACACCGAAACUUCCUUCAACACCAACUCACAUCAAACCCGUUAUUCUACCUAAAGUCGGUCCAUCCGAUACCGAAUCACUUUAUAACUCAAGCGAAGAACUUUCGAUGAUCUUUGGCAUUGGCGAAGCACCGUCUUCUACUGCCAUUGCCGCACAACCAGCAG